CAUUGAUAGGUGGCACUGACUGGCACUGAUGGGUGACACUGAAAGGCAGCUCAGAUGGGCACUGAUAUGUGGCAUUGAUGUGCACUGGUAGGCACUGAUAUCUGGCAUUGAUGUGGCACUGAUGGUUACUGGCAGGUGGCAUGGAUGAGCACUGACACAAGGCACUGAUGGACACUGACAGGUGGCACUGCUGGGGCUACACUGAUCAUCAGGGCACACUGAUCAUCAGUGCCCUGAUGAUCACUGUCAGCGUGACAGCUCGAGAGGAGAGAAAUGCUGAUAACCGACAUUUCCCUGUUUACAUGUGAUCAGCUGUGAUUGG